AUCUGUAAAACUGAAUUAAAAUGUCCCUGGAUUAGUUCAAAAUGGUGCUCACAGGGACUCACGGGAUGAUGGAGACAGGGAUUCUCCUGCUCCUCAUCAUAUACUUGGGAUAUCGUUACAUGACAAGGAAUUUCGACUACUGGAGGACGCGCGGUGUAGUGUGUGUUCCUCCCUCUCCCUUUUUCGGUAAUUUCGGUGAUUUCCUGAUGGGGAGACAAUCAGUGGGUGGCUUCCUAAAGCACGUGUACGAUUACUCACCCGACGAGCGUUACGUGGGAUUUUUUGGUUUUGACAAACCGAUGCUCCUGAUUCGCGAUCCAGACCUUAUCAAGCAAAUUCUCAUCAAAGAUUUCGAUUAUUUCCAAAAUCGUUACGCUAAUGCAGGCGCUCACGAUGUACUGGGGUCGUCCAAUUUGUUUAUUAUUAAAAAUCCAGAGUGGAAGUAUCUCAGGACAAAAAUAUCACCGAUUUACACCUCCGGGAAAUUGAGAUAUGUCGCAAAGCUCAUGUUGGAAGUUGGUCAGGAUCUCAUCGCUCACAUUGACUCGCUGAAUUUAAAAGAUUGCGGAAGAAUAAUUGAAAUGAAGGAACUCUGCGCAAGAUUUGCAACUGAUAUGAUAGCGACAACAGCGUUUGGACUGCGGGCAAAUUGUCUGAAUGAUCCCAACGCGGAUUUCAGAAAAUAUGGAAAGGAAGUUUUUCGACGUACGUUCUAUCGAAGCGUCGAGCAAACAUCGACGUUCUUCGCACCAUUUUUAAUGACACCGCUGAAGUUCAACAUAUUUUCAAAGAGAGUUACGCAAUUUCUUCGCUCUGCUGUAUGGGAAGCUAUCGCUGAUCGCAAGAAAAGUGGAGUCAAAAGACAUGAUCUCAUCGACCUCUUGAUUGAGUUGAAGAAUCAGGACGUAGAUAAUCCAGAUAAGGGUAUAUUUGCAUUCGAAGGUGACAAUAUUGUUGCCCAAGCUGCUGUAUUUUUCAUCGCAGGUUUUGAAACCGCCUCCACCCCCCUCAGCUUCACCCUCUACGAGUUAGCCUUGCACCCUAAAAUGCAAGAUCGUCUCAGAAAAGAGAUCACUGAUGCUAUGGAAGAGAACGGUGGAGAGAUCACUUAUGAUACGAUAAUGAAGCUUCCCUACUUGGAUAUGGUGACAUCAGAGUCUCUCCGUAAAUACCCACCCCUUCCAGUUCUGGAUCGCGUUGCGAAUUUAGAUUAUCGCGUCCCUGGAAGUGAUCUUGUCAUUGAAAAGGGCACCCCCGUGUACAUGUCCUUAUUUGGCCUGCAUUAUGACCCUAAGUACUAUGAUAAUCCUGAGAAAUUCGAUCCUGAGAGAUUCUCAGAUGCCAACAGAGAAUCAAACAAAAAGACGUGGUAUGCCUUUGGUGACGGUCCACAUGUUUGUAUUGGGAUGAGACUUGGAUUACUCGAGUCGAAAGUGGGACUAGUCAGUAUAUUGCAAAAAUACGAAGUCUACCCUUGCGAAAAAACUGCAAUUCCGAUGAAACUACGAACGCAGGGGCUGAUGACAGGGGCAGAAGGAGGCUUGUACCUCAACAUAAAAAAAAUAAAACAGAAAUCGAUAUCGAUAAUUACUAACGUUGGACAUGACUGGCGGGAGAUUUUUUUACUAAUGUUUAUGAAGUGUGGAAAAAUUCUAUUUGCGAGUCUCCCUAUUUUAAACGGUCCUAGUUUGCAUUUAGAAUCGCUGGUGAAUGGUUCCCUAGUGAUAGCGAAAAUGGUUCAUAUUACAAAUCAGUCGAUCAUAAAUACAGUUAUUAUUGUCCUCGUCUUUAUCUACUUGAUCUACCGCUAUAUGAUCCGGAAGUUUGAUUAUUGGCAGAAGCGAGAUGUGGUUUACGUUCCCCCAGUUCCCUUUUUUGGAAAUUUCAGAGACUUUUUGAUGGGCCGAAAGUCCGCUGGAACUUUUUUGCAAGAGAUUUAUAAUUACGCACCCAAUGAACCUUACAUUGGAUUCUUCGGAUUUGAUAAGCCAAUGCUGAUGAUCCGGGAUACUAAUCUCAUCAAGCACAUUCUAAUCAAGGACUUCGAUAAUUUCAAGGAUCGAUACGUUGAAACCAGUGCUCACGAUAUUUUAGGAGGCGCCAAUUUAUUUGUGAUAAAGAAUCCCGCCUGGAAACAUCUCAGAACGAAAAUGUCACCGAUAGCGACGUCCGGGAGGUUGAAGAAGAUGGUCCAACUGAUGGCGGAUGUUGGCAAAGAUCUCGUGACUCACUUGGAUUCCCUAGGGCUAAAAGAAUCUGGGCAGGAAAUCGAGAUGAAAGAGCUCUGUGCCAGCUUCACAACCGAUAUGAUAGCAACAACGGCCUUUGGCUUGCGGGCCAAUUCCCUAAAUAAUCCGAAAGCUGAAUUCCGGGAGAGGGGCCGGGACUUCUUUCGGGACACCUGGUACCGUAGCAUUGAACAGAUCGCAUUUUUCUUUGCUCCCUUCUUAAUGACUCCACUGAGACUCUACAAUUUCCCGAAAAAAUUCAGUGAAUUCAUACGAGUCGCUGUCUGGGAUGCCAUCACUGAUCGUGAGGCCUCCGGGACCAGAAGACAUGAUCUCAUCGAUCUUCUGAUCGAGCUGAAAAAUCAGGAGGGUGAUGAUUCUGAUAAAGCUUCGCCUGCUACCGUCGACUUCGAAUUCAAGGGCGAUAACCUGGUGGCCCAAGCAAGCGUCUUCUUCGUCGCCGGCUUCGAAACUACAUCAACUGCCCUCAGCUUUUCGCUCUACGAACUGGCCCUCCACCCGGAAAUGCAGAUUCGUCUUAGAAAGGAAAUCAUAGCCGCGAUAGACAAAAAUAAUGGAGAAAUAACUUACGAGAUGAUUACGCAGCUUCCUUACUUGGAGAUGGUGAUACUAGAGGCCCUUCGCAAAUACCCCCCAUUGCCACUGCUGGAUCGUGUGCCGACAUCGGACUAUCGAGUUCCUGGUACCGACUUUGUAAUUGAAAAGGGAACGCCGGUUUACAUUUCUUUAAUGGGCCUGCAUUAUGACCCGAAGUAUCAUGAGAAUCCAGAGGCAUUCGAUCCUGAGAGAUUCUCAGAAGCCAACAAGGAGUCCACCAAAAAGGCGUGGUAUGCGUUUGGAGAUGGGCCACAUGUUUGCAUUGGUCAGAGGCUGGGACUUCUCGAAGUCAAAAUGGGACUCAUAGAAAUGCUACGGAAGUAUGAAUUCUCCCCGUGCAAGAGGACGGCAGUUCCCAUGAAAUUUUAUAAAAAAGCGAUAAACACAGCUGCCGAGGGAGGUCUAUACCUCAAUAUAAAGAAAUUAACAUUGUAAUAAUUACCAGAAAAUUAGACCAAACUUUCCAUUGUAAUAACAUUGAUAAUGUGUGUCUUUUUAUCCACUUAAUUGUGGUGUGCGUCUUAUUAUUUGAUAUUUAUGAAUUACAUGAUUAUUUUCAAAGA